CAUCCUACUUCCACCUGGAAACGCUUCCAAGCCUGGCGCCCGCCUUUAUUGUGAUCGCAUAUCUUCCGCGCACAUACUGUACUUAUUUUCGCUUACUCAGGUCGCCAUGACGGAUACACAACCCGUCUCUUCCGAGCCGACUGCGCCGAAGAUACCGCGCACGAAAGAGAAGCUCGACGAACUUGCCUCCGCUGGCACCCUUCAGUACAAACUGAAAAACUUCGCGAGCGCAGCAGAACUCUACGCGGAUGCUUCCGAGAUCCAAGCCGAAUUGAAUGGCGAACUCGCUCCCGAGAAUGCAGAGCUGCUCUUCCUUUAUGGCCGCGCUCUCUUCAAGGUCGGCUUGCAAAAGAGCGAUGUCCUAGGCAACAGAGUGGCACAGGAGGAUAAAAAGCAGCCGAAAGCGCCGAAGAAGGCGAAGAAGACAGAGGAGGCGAAUGGGGGCACCAAAGAAGAGACAGUGGCAUCCAAGCCAUUCUUUCAGCUGACAGGAGACGAGAAUUGGACGGAUUCGGAGGAAGAAGAGGAGGAUGCUGAAGGUGGCGAAGGCGGGGAGGAGGACGAUGAUCUGUCUACAUCGUUUGAAAUAUUUGAGAUGGCGCGGGUGUGCUACGAGAAACAACUGCAGGCGGUGGAGACCGCAAAUGAAGGAGACAAGGGGAAGGGGAAGGCCGAGCUCAGUCCGCAGGCUAGGGCGAUCAAAGAGAAGCUGGCAGACUGUCAUGGCUUUCUUGCUGAGAUAUCCCUUGAAAACGAGCGUUUCCACGAUGCCAUAGAAGACGCGCGGAAAGCCCUUGCGCUCCAAGAAGAGCUGCAUCCGCUGGAGCACGAGAACGUAUCGGAAGCACACUAUAUUCUCUCUCUUGCGCUCGAAAUGGCUUCAGUGCAUAAAGCUGGGGAUGAACCGGCAGAAACAGAGGAAAGAGCUGCGAGUAAUGGCACAGGCAAGCCGCAGCCGGACGCGCAGGAGAUCGACUAUGCCAUGCGAGAGGAAGCAGCGAAGCACACGGAACUAGCUAUUCGAAGCGUCGAGGCUCGUUUGAAGAAGGCAGAGACAGUCCUAGCGGGAGACACCUUGUCUUCGGAGCAGAAGAAAGAGACUGAGACUUUGAUGAAGGAUAAGAAAGGGGCUUUGGAGGAUCUCAAGACAAGGCUUGCGGACCUAAAGACUGACCCGAAAUCCGCGUCUUUGGAUGCCAUUGAUCCUUCACUUUUCCAAGGCCUCGUUGGUAGCCUGCUUGGCUCAGAUACUUCCACCAUGAAGGCCAAACUAGAAGAGGCAACGAAAUCCGCGAAUGACAUCUCCGGCCUUGUGAAGACCAGGAAGAAGGAAAAGCCGCCGGUUGCAGCCAGCGAUGCUUCAAGCGGUAAGAGGAAGUUGGAAGUGGAGAAUGAAGAGGCGAACGGCAAAAGGGUGAAGACAGAGGACCCGUAAGUUGGUACAGGUCCUUAUUCACCUCGCUUUUCACCAGGUUUCUGCAUAUUCGCGACGGUUUUGGUGCUUCAGCUUACGAUACCUUGGGGUCUGGCAUCAUCGGCGUUUUUGGUGAAGUGGAUUGUCUCGAGGCGUAGAGGAUUCAUUACUCUUUGGCCCUAGGAUUUAUGGCUUCAGAAGGUGUACGGUAGAUCUGAUGAUGCCAGCGCUGGUGGCGCUAUGUUUAUGCUGACGUCUUAAUGUUAUUUAUGAUCAGUGCACCGAGCGCAAUUCUCCAGCACUUCC